GCUCAAAAAAAAAAAACAAAAGCAUUGCAUAGCACGAGGAGGGAGGAUGGAAACGGGAAAGGUGGUAGUGGAGAGAAUAAGAGGGAGGUCAACGGUCACUCAGUGCUUUGCAAAGUACCCUCUGAAACUCAUCAUCCCCAGAAAGGUGGGUACCUCCCAAACUGAUGCUGUUUGGAUUUACACACUCACUUAUGGUGGUGGCAUUGUCUCUGGAGAUACGAUAUCAUGUGGUAUCACAAUCGGAGAUGGGUGCACCACAGUUUUGACUACCCAGGCUUCUACAAAGGUUUAUAAGUCUGUGGGAUCAAAGUGCUCUGAACAAGUCUUGGAGGCCAGAAUUGGAAGUGAUGCCCUUUUGGUUCUGAUUCCAGAUCCAGUGACAUGUUUUUCAACAGCAAAGUACUCUCAAAAGCAGGUGUUCAGAGUUAUGUCUGAUUCAAGCUUGCUCAUUGUUGAUUGGAUUACUAGUGGGCGUCAUGAAAGUGGAGAAAAGUGGGAUUUUGGAUUUUAUAAGAGUACCAACCACAUAUUCUUAGAAGGUGACAAGCCUUUAUUUCUUGACACGACAUUGCUAGAGCAAGGAAGCACUGCAACUGUUGCUGAACGCAUGCAAGACUAUCAAGUAAUUGCAAUGGUCAUACUUUUGGGGUGGGUAGUGGCUAUUUUAUCAUCUAGUUUAAGCUGUUCUUAUUCUCUUAAUGUUCUACGCUACUCAGUGAUGUACUGAUAGGUGACAUGAAUUUGGAUAAAGUGUACAUUGUUAGCUGCUUGGUUGUAGGCCAAAGUUGAAGCAUGUCCAGGACCAAGUUCAAGAGGAUGUGAAGAAGAUGAUGUCUGGGCAAUUCCGUAUUCCUUCCAUUGGUUUUGGUCUCUAUGCAGACACACAUGACAAUUGUCGCUUGUCUGUACCACCCUUUAUUGCUUCUUGCAGUGUCUUUGGUCCUAAGGGAAUAGGUGUUAUAAUUCGAAUAGCGGCCAUGACAACUGAAUCAGUCUACAAGUUCUUGAAGCAUCAAUUGGUAAGCCUGGAGCCACUGCUUGGGGUAUCACCAUAUUAUUAAACAUGCACAAGGGAUGAGGUUUCUGCACAGUGGCAUAUCCCUGGAACUGUAGGUACUUUUGUAGUCUUAUUGUCCAUUUAUGUAAGUGAUAUCUUCUGCUUAUCUGAGUAAUAAUUGUUAAUGUUGCUAUCAUGGAACGCAUGGCAGUCAAACAUAAUUUUCUUUCUAUUGAUCUUCCUUUAAAUGGUAGGUAUACAAGUGUAAAAAAUUGGUAGCAAUUGCCCUAUAGUCGGGUGCACAUGAAGAGAUGGGCAAAAGAGUAAGCUACUCUUGAUUGUUUUUCAAAGUGAUGACUUUUCAGUGUUUGUAUUGAAAAUAUAUAGAAUCUAGGGGGCUGACUACAAAAUAGGUGCAAUUCUGGCCUCAGACACCAUCUUUAGUGAUUCAACACUGUAAAAUAAGAUAAAUUUCUGUCAUCUUCUCUCUUCUCAUAACCCCAAGAGACUAAUGUAGAACCAGUUUCUAGAUAUUCCAGAAUGGUGGCAUUAAUGGUAGACAAGGUUAGCCGCAGUGUAAACAUUUUCAGGAGCCCAACAAGAUUCAUGAAAACAUGAUCCUGUACAUAACAAAAGGAAGAAAUAAUAAAUAGCUGAAUGAGUCAUUGAUAUCCUCUUCUUUUUAGAGUUGCUACAUGCAUCCACAGUGUGAGGAUUCCAAUUGCUGUUGAGUUGUAGCGGCAGUGCCUGAGAGCUUGUUAUUCGUAUAUAUAUUUUAUAUGUAUACGAAAUAAGCCUAGAUAUAAUGCGGAGUAUUUUUGGCAACCAAACAUAAUCUCCGAGACAUGGGUUGCAGUUU